CAGACUUCUUCUUUUCUUAGCGGCGAAACUCCGACGGAUGGCCGCCCUGACUCUUUCUACCCACCUUGCCUUGCUCGAAAAGAUAACCCGGUGAAGGUCGUCGACUACUCGGCGUCAGUCAGGAACAGGUGCAGGGAAGUCCGUGGGACGGGGCAAAAUAGGAGAGCGGAACCUCGGCUCGUGUCAAAAGCACCCGGGAAGAUCAUUUCCGUGGGACUUAAUCCGGAAGUCUCCGGCGGUGACAGUAAGAGCGUUAUAGCGGCGGUAGUUGAGAGUUUUGGUGUUUCGGCGGCUCGCGAAAGGCGAGGGUUGCUUCGUUUGCUUCCGUCAACGGCGGGCAGUUUGGCUGUUUGGACAUUCAGGUCCAGUUGUUUUUUUCUUGCUUGCUGCUGCUGCUGUCGCCAUCAUGUCCUCUGAUUUCGAGGGCUACGAGCAAGACUUUUCGGUUCUUACCGCUGAGAUCACGAAUCGCAUCGGAAAAAUCCCCAAGUUGGUUGGAGAUGAGAAGAGACAGUUGGUUUCAAGUGUGGAAAAGCAGCUGGAGGAAGCAAGAGAGUUGUUGGAACAAAUGGAACUUGAAGUGCGUGAAAUCCCUCCACAGAGCCGAGCCAUGUACAGCAGUAGAAUGAAGAGCUACAAGCAAGAAAUGGAAAAACUUGACACAGAUUUUAAAAGGUCACGGAUUGCCUACAGUGACGAGGUGCGGAAUGAGCUCCUAGGGGAUGAUGGGAAUUCCUCAGAGAUCCAGUUGAUAAAAUUACGUGAAGAGAGGGCACAUCUGCUCGAUAACACAGAGAGGCUGGAAAGGUCAUCUCGGAGACUAGAGGCUGGAUACCAAAUAGCAGUGGAAACUGAACAAAUUGGUCAAGACAUACUAGAAAAUCUCAGUCAUGACAGAGAGAAGAUCCAGCGUGCUCGAGACAGACUUAGAGAAACUGAUGCAAACUUGGGAAAGAGUUCAAGAAUCCUUACAGGAAUGUUACGAAGGUAAGAGCAAGAAUCAUCCAGAACCGGAUUUUGCUUGUUAUCUUGGCAAUCAUCAUCAUCUUUGCAGUCCUGAUGGUUAUUUUUUUUUCUGUCAGGGGACAUUGAUAUCUUUGUUCUUUGCUAACCAGUAGCAAACAACUUCAGAGUCAUGAAGACAAAGUGGCCACACGAAUCAUUCUCUUGCACUGAAAUGGCUGUCCUUCUCAAAGUCCACAGUUGAUCUCUGGUGCAAAUAGCAGAAGGGUAUGUGUCAUUAUUGGCUGCAUGUUGAUUAAAUAAUUGUCUUUGGUUUAGCAAUAUUUCAUAAUAGGAAUUUUCAUAUUUAGCAUAUGAAACAAGUAUCAUUAUCAGAUAUGAAGAUUGUCGUCAUAAUUACUGAACUAAAUUUAAGGGUAAAUAGUUUACACUGAUAAUGACAACAAUUGACACACACACUUUCUAUUGAACUGAUAUUUAAAUCUUUAUCAGAACCCCCUUUUAUAAUCCUGGAAAUAGAUGCAAAUCAAUCAAUAAAGAAAUCCACACCUAUACCUUGUCAUUCUCCUAACUCUAAUAUAACUCUAAAAGCAAAGAAGUUAGUUUCUAAUAAAUAUACAGCUUUUUCAAAAGUAUGAUUUAAUAUCUAUGGUGAACUUUUUAUUUUAAGGUUUAUCACUUGGAUUUUCAUCUGCCCCAUGUUCUGAAUUGUCAACUAAGUUUAUUUUGCAGUUUUCCCUAUGACCAUGACAUUACAGUUAGUUUUGUUUUGUAUUAUUGUUGUUUUAAUGUGUAUGGAGUUCAAAUCAAGAACAUACUGUUUAGUAUAUUUAGGAGAUCACUUCAUGGAUCUUAAUGUAAGAAAAUAAUGGCAUUUAAAAAUCUGCAAAUUGUGCUAGAAUCAAUGUGCUGGUACUGUGGUUGAAUGAAUAUUCUGAAUGAAUUGUAUCCAAAGGUAAUGUUCAUUUGCUUAAAAAAAUGUCUUAAAUUAAUGUUUUUUGAUAAAAUCUGU